CGGGGCAAAAAGAGAAGCAGAGAUAUAGACCGAGGAUGAUGGAUGAUGGUGCGGCGGAUCAACUAGAUUGUUGAUGAUGUGAUAUCUGUAACAGAAGGAUCCACGUACCAUUUAACUCAAGUCAUUCCAGUAAGUAGGUCAGAGGAAGACGCCAUCUCGUCAAUGCCGGCUCGGUGGUAUUGUUUUCUAGCCCUACGACCAUGUCAGACGAGGCCUGUCCGGUGCCGACCUCUGCCACUGCAACAGUCCUCCUGCAGGGGAGCGGCGUUGAAGUUACCACCACCACAACGACAUGUCAAUCAUCAGGGCCGGGCAAGGUGAGACGGCGCUCGCAGAGAUCUAGGCACCUGAGAUACUCUCUCUCGGCGCCCUUAGCCGCCUGGGCCGCUGGGUGGUAUGUCUGGCAUCUCAAGUCUACAAAAGGAGGCAAGUGAAUAGAACUCGUGGGAUGUCAAGCGGAUACUGUCUAUCCACCGUUCCGCGAUGUGGAUCAAGCUUGCAAUGUCGUACUGGAUCCCAGCUCUCUGGCCGAGUUUAGCCAAAUAACCUUGUUCUCUAAACAACUCUUUCAACUGGCACGUUACGUGCUAUCGUGCAGAUGCAUAGCAGAAUCUCAGGCAGCAGAGGAUCUUUUAGCCCGUAUACAUGCACAGACUCAUCG